CAAAACGAAAGGACCGCCCGCGCACCAACCCAUCGGAGACUACGAACCCCGUCGUUUUCGGCACUCUGUCGUCGCUUCUUCUUUCUCCUCUUCUGCACAAAACAAUGGGGUUCGUCUCCUUCCUCGGCCGCGUCCUCUUCGCCUCCAUCUUCAUCCUCUCUGCCUGGCAAGCGUUUAAUGAAUUUGGUGUUGAUGGUGGCCCUGCUGCAAAGGACUUGUCUCCCAAGUUUAAUGUGUUCAAGAAAAAUUUGUCUGCUAAGCUAGGGGUUGCAAUACCGGAGAUAGACGUAAGACAUUUAGCUGCUGGUGUGGUAGCAAUGAAGGGGCUUGGAGGACUUCUAUUCGUACUUAACAGUUCCUUUGGAGCUACUCUCCUGCUUCUACAAUUGGCGAUUACCUCUCCCCUUAUCUAUGAUUUCUACAACUACAGUCCUGAAAACGCCAAAUUUGGCAUACUCCUAAAUGAGUUCUUGCAGCACGCAGCGCUUUUUGGUGCGCUGCUUUUCUUCAUUGGCAUGAAGAACUCAAUUCCAAAGAGGCAAGUCAAAAAGAAGGCCGCCCCAAAAACCAAAACGGGUUAGAAGUAUAUCAAGGGGGUAAUAGAUCUUCAAGAAGCGUUUAAAGUUUAGGUUGUUGAAGUUGCUGCUGCUCCCCAUACUUAUGACGGGGAGGAUAAGUAUUCUUAUCAACACUCUUGUAAUUUUAUUCGAAUGUUCUUUGGUAGGAUUCAUUACUUUGGUAGGAUUCAUUACUUUGAUUAUUCCCUGUUGUGGGGUUCAGAAACACUGUUUACUUGAAGUUCUGAAUUGGUUGUGGCCUGUGGUUUUCCUUUGCUCACAAGUCAUACAAUCUGCGCUU